CUGCAAAGCACUGAUCACAUCAUCACAGUCUGCGCUAUGCACUGUGUCCAUAUUGGACCGUUCUGAAAUUAAAAACCAAAAUGGAGAUAUUAAUUAUAUACAUAACAUUACUGCAGACUAAAUAUCCAGUUAAAUAAAUAUAUUUUGAAAUGCCCGUUGUUCUUGGGCAGUGCUGGUAUUUAGCGAUAUAUACCACAGAAUGAAUCUCCCGGCUAUUUAAAAGUUCACUGAUGCCUUCUUAAAAAUAAAAUAAUAAAGACAAAAAUGCUUCUGCAAUAACUGUUAUUCGCGGAAGGGUUGUGGGCGCGUUUAUCCGUGUCUGGUGUUAUUCAUGCUUUUGAAAUCUAAAAAUACUGCCCUGGAAUUUAAAGAAAACAUUGCGCCGACAUUAGUGAAACGUGUGUGUGAAAUGCACGGCGCAUUGUAAAAUCUGGAGCUUGCAGCUGUUUUCACACAGAUCAAAAUACUACUUAUCCCAUAAUAAGCGGCGGUGCAUUAGACUGCUCUCCAGGAAUAGCUAUUGCCGUGCCGCCCCUGCAGCGACGCUGUAUACACCCGGAGCGGGCCAGCCUCUGUAACGCCGCCAGGAUCUCUCAGCACGCAGCGCUGCUCGUCUGGGCUCCAGGUUUUCAGAGAAGUGCAUCACUGUUCAGCUCUCUGUAGAAACACAGUAGGAACUGCAGUCUAACGAAUUGAAGGCUAGAGACCGUUAGUUCGUAUUUUAUCAGGACCUUUCAAGGGAGCCGGACGCAGGGACGUUCACUGUUUUAUAUUUCACUACAAGGAUGUCUCGGGUUGCCGGGUUCGUGUGGUCUCUGCUGGUCACAGUCCUGUCCGCUUGUCAGGUGUGUGCCGAUGAGGACUGCCUGUGGUACGUGGAUAAGAACGGCACGUGGCACAAUGGCUUCGACUGCCUUCUGUUCUCCUUCUGCUGUGGAAACUGCCACCAGCGCUACUGCUGCCUGGACCCCUUCCAGAUGAUCACCGAGAAGCAGCAGAAGCGCUGCAUGCUGUUCCAGUUCAGCCCCGCCACCGUCGCUGGCAUUGCCUCGUCCAUCCUGCUGUUCAUGGUGAUCAUCUCCACACUGGUCUGCUGCUUCAUGUGUUCCUGCUGCUACCUGUACCAGCGAUGGCAGCAAAGGAGAACGCCUCACCAAGGUCAGCAUAUCCAGAUGACCAGUUACCCGAGAAACUUCACAUUCCCAGCCCAGGGCAAACCUGCGGGAGGUCCUGAUGGCCCAUACCCGGGAGCACAGCACUACCACCCCGCCGCCAUGCCCCCUCACUACCCCUCGGCCGCGCCCCCGGCACCCUACCCGCCUGCAGACCAGGGGUACGGAUAUGGAGUGGCAGCCCCACCUCCCUACCCUCCCCCACAGUACAGCGGACUCUGAAGCAGCGCCCACGCAGGAGAAAGAGAGGGGAGGGUCUCUAGUGCGUUCAGCAUCCCUGUACAUGCUUCUGUAACGCUGGCUAACUUUGUGCAUGCAUUCUGUAUCCUGCAGCAUUUCAUUGUGUUUGUCCUGAGCAUGGGUGGUGCUAGGAGUCAGAAGGGACGGCACAUCCCAGUGUGUUUUUAAACAAAGGGAAGUGUGGAGUGUGGUGUAAAAGACCUCUCUUUUGAAAAGGUAGAAUGGAAAGGGUCUUCAAAAGCAUUCUCUAGCUGUGCCUGUGAGAUGUUUGUUUUUUUUUUCCUUUUUGUUUAUUCAUUGUGUUUAAUGAUAUUCGAACCCUGAUUCCCUGGUUGCUGUUUACUGUACUUUACUGCUUGUGGAAUCCAUUUGACAUAGGCAUGUGCAGGGCGUGAUGUCAGACCGCGUUGAGCAUUUAAAGCCUGUCUCGUAGAUGUGUUGGCAUGCACCUCAUUUGGGAAUGUUUUAUUGAGCUGUUUCAACAAGCCUAGUCACUGCCUGUGCUGAAUGCAUUGCCCUGGCUGUUUUAAUUAUUAGUCAGUGUCUUUUAUAUUAAACAGUGUCAUCUAGUGGCACAGCUGUGUAUUGCAAGCACUGCAGUCUGAGUAUCUCUGCAAACUAUAGCUGAUCUGACCCAUGCUUUGUCUAGAUCUGCAUAUGGAACUGAAGAGCCACUCCUGAGCUCAUAGUCAAAGCACAGACUUUAAAAAAAAAAAAAAAGAAAAAUGAAUUGAUUAAUAUCUAUUUGCACUAAUUGGCAGCUCGUAGCGGCUGCAUAGUUCUCAGUUGAGGUGGAACCCUUCCUCUGCUGUUGCUUCUCUCGUUUGAUUGUUUGUAUAGAAUAACAUGAUGGACAGUGAUAAAAAAGAAAAAAAAUGAAAUUUUAGUGAAUGUCUUUUAUAAAAAAUUAGAAAUGUAUAUUUGUGUUUCAGUGGUCCCCCCCCCACCCCCCACACAAUAAAUGUUUCCCUCCCACUUCAGAAAGUCAACUUAGAUUUAAUGCCCCACCCUUAUUAAAUAUAUUUUAUCUCAA